AUGCCCAACAUCGUGCUCCUCAGUGGCAGCUCCCACCAGGACCUGUCCCAGGGCGUGGCCGGCCGCCUGGGCCUGGAGCUGGGCAAGGUGGUCACUGAGAAGUUCAGCAACCAGGAGACCAGCAUCGAGAUCGGUGAGAGCGUGAGGGGUGAAGAUGUCUCUAUCAACCAGAGUGGCUGUGGGGAAGUCAACGACAACCUCCUGGAGCUUCUCAUCAUGAACAAUGCCUGUAAGGUCGCGUCGCCUUCCAGGGUGACUGCCGUGAUCCUGUGUUUUCCGUAUGCCCAACAAGACAAAAAGGACAAGAGCCGCGCUCCGAUUUCUGCGAAACUUGCGGCCAAUAUGCUGUCAGUGGCUGGGGCAGAUCACAUCAUCACCAUGGACCUGCACGCCUCUCACAUCCAGGGAUUCUCUGACAUCCCGGUGGAUAAUUUGUACGCAGAGCCCGUGGUCCUGCAGUGGAUCCUGGAGAACACUGCCGAGUGGGACCAUUGUAUCAUAGUUUCACCUGACGUCGGGGGAGCCAAGAGGGUCACCUCAAUUGCGGACAGGCUGAAUGUGGAAUUUGCCCUGAUUCACAAAGAGAGGAAGAAAGCAAACAAAGUGGACCGGAUGGUUCUGGUGGGCGAUGUGAAGGACCGCGUGGUCAUCCUCGUGGACGACAUGGCUGACACGUGUGGCACCAUCUGCCAUGCCGCAGACAAGCUACUCUCAGCUGGAGCCACCGAAGUUUAUGCUGUCCUCACACACGGGAACUUCUCUGGGCCAGCUAUUUCCAGAAUAAAUAAUGUCGCCUUUAAGGCCGUUGUGGUCACAAACACCAUUCCGCAGGAGGACAAAAUGAGACACUGUCCCCAGAUUCAGGUUAUUGAUAUCUCGAAGAUCUUGGCAGAGGUGAUCUGA